GUCCGAGGUUGACGCAGCCGACAAAACGGGGUCAAAACAAAAUCACUCGGGACGCGGAAGAGGACACCGUAUCGCAUCUGUCACCGAUACAUCCCAACACCUACCCGCAAAUAGCACACACCACCCAUGCCAGUCUACGUUGAAAAUGAAGGCAGCACGACGCGUGACUUCCUAAUGCUCGAACGCAACCUCCUUUCUCAUGUCAAACUCGCGAUGCUCCUGUCCCUGCUGUCCUCUUCUAUCCUCCUCAAAGCUCGCUUGACGGGCAGCACGGGCAGCGGCGACCCUACGAGCGUCCGCAUCCCCAUUUCGACCAUUGAUUACGCUGCGGCGAUAUGCGCUCUGUGCGCCGGCGUGUUCCAGUACUAUCAGACCUCAAAGGACUAUCGGACCUCGCGCGGCUUCCUCGUGGCAACCAAGGCUCAUUUCACGGCCAUGGUCGUGGUGGCGGCCGUCGUAUUUACAACGUGUAUUGUGUUACUCGCAGAGGAGGAGUUCUGAACACGAUGGUUAUGCCCGAUACGUCCGAGUCUCACGAGCGUCGCGCGACAAGAGGGAGGCGCCCCAGGAUGAUAUCGCGUCUGGAUGAUGAUGCUCUGAAC